AUGUCAGAAAGGCAUUCAGGUCAAGCUGGCACUGGAGCAGGAAAUGAGGUGGACUCUCCUAUUGUCAAUGUCAAGUCGUCCAGCUUUGGAGACUUUUGUUCCACGUCUUCAUUUCAAGAUAGUGGCUACAGUGAGCUGUUAAAAUCGUGCAGCUUUGAUAAUACAGAUAAAGAAUCAUUUGGAAAGAAAGAAAGAGGCUCAACAUUAAUCCAUGAACAUCCUGAAACUUCAAGUCUGGCCUUAACACAUAGUUUAGAGUCUCCCACUCAAAGAAAGAGAUUUGUCUUCCCCAGGAAGGAAAAGGAUAAAACCCCAGACCUUUGUGAAACUCCUAAAGUCAGUGGAAAAAAAUUUUUACUGCGUAGAAGAUUGGACGUAUCUUUCUCUCUUCUAAAGGGGGACUUGGAAUCACAAAAUAGUUCUCUUGAAUGUAGUACAAGCCAAGUUCCCAAUUUAGAAAAAAAUAUUCCAAGCAGUGCUUUAGGUUUCCCAAGGCAAAAUAAUUUUAGUUCUUUAGUUACUAGCACUUUGAAAACAGAAGAAGCGACUUCCAGCAGUCAAAAAUUGAGACUUAAUUUUUCUCAACAGAAGACGUCCACAGUUGAUGAUUCCAAAGAUAACUGUAGCCUAUUUGAAGUUGAAUGUAUAUCUCCAAUUCAAGGCAGUAGUUUUAAAGACUCUAUCACACAUGACUUUAGCGACAGCAGUCUAUGUAUUAAUGAUGAGAAUACAUAUCCUGAACUUCUGGGCUCUUCGGUCAGUGGAACAACUUGUGGAACAGAUGAGGACAUAUUUGUGACUCCAAUAAGUAAUCUUGUAGCAAAUGUUAAAUUUAAUGCAAGUCAAAGGCUUUCUCCUUUAGGUGAAGUGAGACGCAAUAUUUCAACACCUGAAGACAGUGGUUUUAACUCACUUUGCUUGGAUAAAUCAGAAGAUUCCCUCGCUGACCAAGAGGGCUCUUUCCAAGAACUGCUUCAGAAACAUAAGGGAACUCUCAAAGUCAGGGACACGGUAAAAAGAUCAAGGCGUCUUGGAAGAUUAAGAAGAUUGUCCACCCUUAGGGAGCAAGGCUCACAAUCUGAGACAGAAGAAGAAAAGCAGCCCAACCUCUCUGUCUCUGAAUCAACACCAGUGGCCACUUCAGACAUCUCAGAGAGUCAGCCAAGCAGUGACAAUAAGAGUGGGGAUUUGAGUUUAAGCUUUAAGAAUUUAUCAAAGACCCCAGCCUUGCAGUUAGUGCAUGAGCUCUUUAUGAAAAGCAAAAGGAAAAGAUUCCAGCAAAGCGGUGCACGUGAAUUGUUAGAAGAAAGGGACGGGGGGAAAAUAGCUGUACUACAGCGUGUACUUGCCGGACUGAUUGGCAAGAAAAUGGAAAUUUAA